GCAGCGUUCUUGUGUGCUCUAGGAUGAGCAACACGGCCCAUCCGCACAUUACCAAAAAGAGGGUCAGCACUGCGUGCAACGCUGCCAUCAUCCUUGUGUGCUUCCCGAUUUUUUGCCCAAUCAUUUGCGUCGAGGGUGCUGUGCUGCUGAUGACGAAACGUCGUGUCUGGAAGAAAGAUCAGCAGAUGAAGCAAGACAGAAAAGCACUCGAGGCCUCUUAUUUAAAGAAGCGCGAGAGAUAUGCCCCGGAUCCGCUCCCUAAGACGCGGCCACGUGCUCUCACACUGGGAGCCUUUACGGCAGAACCAGAGGAACUAAACCCUAGGAUCGAAGAAGAAGAGCAUGAGAGUAAACAGCAACAGACGGAAGACCGAGCCGGAAAGAUGAGGAGACAGUCUACCAUCGAUAGCAUCAUCAGGAAAGCGAGGAGGCAAUCCGCCGUUGAUGGCGUCAAAGAAAAGCCCAAGCGACAAUCGACCAUGGAUAGCCUCAAAAGCAAGCCUACGAGACAGUCAACUAUCGACAGCUUAAAGAGCAAGUUCAGGAACGAGUCGGUCACUAUUGAUCAACUUGAGAAAAGUGGCCUCUGGAAGCUGCCGUUCGAGCUGCGAACGACUAUAUGGAAAUACGCUCUCGGUGGCAACUACAUUCACAUCCUGAAGAAGCGGGGCCGACUCGGUCAUGCCUAUUGCCCCGCAGAACACCCCGAAGAAUUUGCACGAGUGGAUAAGUGCUCGUAUCCUCUGAAGGAUGGGUUCUCCGUAUCCACGGCAUUUCCCUUUAGGACAAAGCCUCUGGGAUUGAUAUCUUCAUGUCGGCAGAUAUAUUCGGAGACCGUAGACAUUCUGUACUCGCAUAACACUUUCUCGUUCGACGACCUUGACGCUUUGAACUGGUUUGGUCUUACUACCUUGCCACGGAGACGUGAACUGAUAACCAAACUUCAUUUCGAGUACGAGCUUGUCAAGACAGCUCAGAUCUUCCAGCCGCAGCUACCUCCGAACGAUACCAAGACCUGGAUAGACGCCUGCAAUGUUCUAGCUUCAAUGACCAAUCUCCAGGAACUGAGAAUAAUCGUUAACAGCCCUUCUGGCUAUAGCGCAAACAACGUGUUUCCACUAUUCCCCGAGUUCCUGGAACCUUUGUCCCAUCUCUCGAUAGCCGGAAGGUUCGAUGUCUACGUCCCUUGGCCGGCAAAUCAUCCAGCAGAGAACAGAUUGGUCCCGGCGGAAGCAUCAUUCGAAAUAAAGCGCUUGGAUGAGGACAUGAGUUUACGUCGCGCAGACUUCGUGAUCCCAUUCACCGUUCAGUGUCUGCAUUGCGAGGAGUACACGGAGAUCAAGAAAUCCGUGGUUGGGUCCGCAAUAAGGACUGAGUCAGAUGGGACGACCCAAUUCUGGACCUUUCACACCUAUUGUGGAGGAUGGAUUGCGUUUACGUCGGCUUCAAGGGGGGAGUACGCGGUAUUACAAGGCGCAAAACGGGUUCUUGAAGCUUGAGGUGCGACGGUUAAACGGGUACGAGUGGAACCAGAUGAGAAUCAAAAGUAUGGCUCAUCGACUAUCCUCAGUGGCUACGUAGUUUGGAAUGGUAGCUAGGUAGUGAUGCUGCGGGAAAGUGACAAGCUAAUGUACUCUUUUGCCUCGCGACAGUGAAUUACACUGAUUUGAGUGACUCCUAUGUCUUCAUAAUACGGAGCAGUCGAAGAAGGUC